AUGUGGCCGCUGCCGCCGGUCGCGCUGCAGAUUCUGGACUGCCUCGACGACGCCGAUGACGCGUUCGCCUUUCUCCAAGCGGCGCCCAAUGAUUGCCUCGAUGACGCGCUGGACGCGCUCCGGGCGCUCUUGGCCAUGGGCUUGGCUCUUCCAGUGUGGCCCACGCCGCACGUCCGCGGUCUGGUCAAGGCAUACAACGCCAGUCCCAGCGUCGUUAUGAUGGCGCUUCCUCUCUUCAAGAAGAUUACUUUUGGCUUCUGCGACAAGCCUUCGAUCAUUGGCCAUAACACGGUGCUGGCACCGACGACCGCUGUGAGCGCCAACGUUCAGCUUGACGACUUCGUCAAAGUCCGUGCCGCCCUCGGCAACUGGCUUCCGAACCUCGCGCAUCUCAGAGUCUAUACCCGGCACACUUAUGGCUUGGUGCCUACCACCAAGGACGACCUCGCGACAUGCCGUGGCCUCCGUUCGCUGGCCAUCCAACACAGCCGAAGACUUGACCAAGACGAGUUUGAUGCUGCGCUGAUGGCUGUCGUCGCAGCUAGCGCCCAGAUCGAAAGUGUGUGCGUUAGUGCGACCAGACACUCGUAUAUCUCCGACUGCACGUCGCUCCUCGCGUGGCUGGCGUUGCCGAUGGCACGACAUCUCGAGCUCAACUGCAUCGACUUUCACGGCGACCUCGGCGCAGAGCUGGCGACGACCAUGCUCACGUCGAGCACUCUCGAGAAAAUCCACCUCUUUGGAGCCCCAAGCCUCACGCGCGCGCUUUUGAGUCCAUCGUCGCCACCGCUGCCGCCGCAACUGCGCCACUUGGCGAUAAUCGUCGACAGGACGGAAGCGGACGCGACCGCCCUCGCCGCCAAGAUCGCCACCUCGCGUCUCCACACCUUGGAGUUAGCGCCGCGAGCGUCCUGCGAUGUCACGUCAGUGGCGUCCGUCUUGCCGCAGGUACCGACGUUGACCAAGCUUGCGCUCCAGGGGGCGCAUCUAACGGCAUUCCCGCCUCUCCGUCAUCUCUGGCACCUCGAUCUAUUCUUGACGACGUUCUCGGACGAGGCCAUCGCGUCGCUCGCGGCACUGCUUGGUUCGUUGCCAAAGCUGGUGCAUCUCGAUCUCGGCUAG